GUCCCAGGCCACGCCCGUCGCAUAGAUCUGCGCUUUCUGUGUUUACACCACUCUGGCCGAGACAGAAUUGGUCGCUUGCUUACUCCGUCAGGCGCUUAUACAUCUUCUAUUCUGAGUUUGUUCUUGCGCAUUGUGUUAACCGUCCUAUCCUGCCCAUUCAUCAGUCGACUACCGACAACCCCCGAUUCCUUUCUGCUUACCACCUUCACUUCCACCACCACGCAUACUCAUACACCUCGCAACCAUGUCCGACGAUGAAGACUUCUACGACGAAUACGACGAAGACAUCUUCUGGGUUGAAGAACCCGACCCGACCGUCGCCGACGACCUCGCUGCAACAGCCACCGCCACAAACGACUUCAUCUUCUACGACGACCCAGCCCUCGAAGCCGAAGAUUUCUUUAGCGACUGGGACGAUCUUUCCGACGACUACUACGACCAAGACCCCACCGUAGUCCGCCGCCAGCGCGCCCUCAACGCCUUAUCCCAAAUCCCAGCAGCGGGUAUUCCGCCCACGAAACGCAGCCACAAAUCUACUACCAAGACCCCGCAGUUCGACAUCGCAGCGUUCCAGGGUGUUGUGUGGAGAAGUCCUAGCGAUGAGGUCAAAAUCGCGCUGCAUGAGCCAGGCGAGGGAGAAAAGGUGGCCCUGUUGAAGAAUUGGAGGGAGGUUUUUCGGAAUUCGCAUCCCGCGAUUGGGCGCGUCAGGGUACGAAAGGAUGGGAAGGAGUGGAUGGGUGGGGCUGGGGUGGUGGCUGCAGAGGAUUUGUAUGGGGAUGGGGAUGAGGAUGAGGCGGAUGCAGACGUGGAGGAUGAGGAUGAGGUUGAGGUUGGGGUUGAGGAUGAGGAUGAGGAUGAGGUUGAGGUUGAGGAUGAGGUGGAAGUAGAGGUGACAAAUGGGCUAAGUAAUGGGGCAGUUGUCGAAACGCCUGCUGAUUCGGAGAUUGUUGAGCUGGAGAAAGAGGCUGAAACCAAUGGGGCCCAUCCCGAUGCGGUCGAGCCAGCUGAUUCUCUCCAGGUGAAGAAUUCCAAGCCAAAUGGUGUCACCGCUGCGGCGGAUAAACCGGCGACAAGAGGUCGGAAGCGCAAGGCUGAAGAAGCCGACCCCGUUCCGGAAGUGGAACCUACCAGCAGGCCAAGAUCUAAACGCAUUGCAACCCAGAAAGUCGGGGAGACGAAAGAGACUCACUCAGCACCGUCGGGUCCGGUGCGGCGGUCGGCCAGAAAUAAAAAGUAAUUUGAACUCUGUAUAGAAAUGAGAUUAUGAGAACAUGAACAUACAAU